AUGGCUUCCUUCCCUCCUCCUGGUUCACUCACCCUCUGCGAACUCAACCGCGACCUAAUCACCGUCGACGCACUCUCCGACGGUCGAGCCGAUCAAACCUACGGAAAGCAUCUCGGAUUCGUGUUCAGCCCCGUGCCGUUUCAGCCUCCGCCACCGCCUCUCGAGAACGAUGUUCCCGAACAGGAACCAACCACCACCGCCGCCGUAACCGUUCCUAGAAAAGGUCCUCUGGCACUUUUGCAAGGCCUUGUAAACGAGUGUCUCAGACGCCUCGUUUACCCCAACGAUGUGCAUUUGUUGCCUGAGGUUAAUCUUCAAGGAGUGAGUUGGCACCUUAAUAGACAUAUAAUUUCUUUUAUUUCUGGGCCUAACCAAGUAUUAGUUCGCGAUUAUGAAGAUCCAGAUGGGAAGGAUUCAAUUAUUUUGACCAACGAGUCUCAGAGAGAUGUUAAAGUGCUAGAGUGGAGACCGAAUGGUGGGAGGAUGCUGGCUGUGGGUUGCAAGAGUGGAAUUUGCAUAUGGUCUGCUUCAUAUCCCGGAAACACAGCAUCUGCUAGAUCUGGCACUAUAUCCUUUGUAGGAAGUUUAUCGAGAGGCUCUGGAAUUCGGUAUCUCCUGGUUGAUUUUCUUCGAAGUCAGAAUGGUGAACAUGUUAGCGCCCUUACUUGGAGUCCGGAUGGAAGAUAUCCUUUUAAAUCUUCUGCUUCAUACGAGAGCUCUUCUUUCACUGUGUGGGAUGUUGCUCAAGGUGUGGGGACACCUAUUCGACGAGGAUUAGGAGGCAUAUCAAUGCUAAAGUGGUCACCCACUGGAGAUUACUUCUUUGCUUCAAAAUUUGAUGGAACAUUUUAUCUUUGGGAAACAAACACUUGGACAUCAGAACAAUGGUCAUCAACUAGUAGUGGUUUUGUCAAGUGUGCAACAUGGGAUCCAGAUGGGCGUAUGGUACUGCUUGCAUUUUCCAAAUCAUCAACUUUGGGAUCUGUUCAUUUUGCAUCGAAGCCUCCCUCGUUAGACACACAUCUGUUACCUGUUGAGUUGCCAGAGAUAUUAUCAUUGACAGGCAGUCAGGGAAUUGAAAAAAUAGAAUGGGAUAAUUCAGGGGAGAGAUUGGCUGUGUCUUUUAAAGGUGGGGAUGACGUAUAUGGGGGGCUAAUCGCCAUCUAUGAUACAAGAAGAACUCCUCUGAUAUCUACAUCAUUAAUUGGAUUUAUAAGAGGACCAGGAGAAAAUCCAAAGCCGAUCUCAUUUUCAUUUCAUGGGAAGUUUAAGCAGGGGCCAUUGCUCUCUGUGUGUUGGAGCAGUGGAUUCUGUUGCACUUACCCUCUCUUGUUCCGUUCUCAUAUGCUUACAUAA